CCGUUAUUGAUGUCAACAAACAUUGUGUUUGUAUUUAAUAUACAGUAAUACUUGUGUCAGUCAUAUGUUAAUCACGUGACACACGUGUGUUACUACUGUCAGUCAAUCAAUCAAUCAAUUAGUGGUCACCCGAUAGCGGUCAGAGGUCACACACCCCAUAAUAUUUGCCGACUAUCAUACCGGCCAUUAUCAUCACCAUCACCACAACCACCAUCCAUAUAUGUGGUCACUAGUGGCCAGACUGCGAUCAGCGGCGGCAGUGGCCGUCAAAUCGCAGCCGACUGUCUAUUGUUGUCGUCACCGAAAGUGGCCACCGAUGAUGACAACGACAAACCGAUACGUGUCCAGCGGUAGUGGUGUUGGCCAACAACAGCAACAACAACAACAGCAGCCGCGCGAAACUCACGUCAAGUUUAGCAAUGGCCGAACAAUGUCUAUAUCCAGCGGACGAUUUGCCCGAUUGGCCGACGGUUCAGCUGUAGUAUCAGCUGGCGAUACAAACGUUAUGGUUGUGGCCGUCAGCCGCCGGUCGCCUAAAGGAUCGUACGCACCGUUUGUACCGUUGACUGUCGACUAUCGGCACAAGUAUUCGGCCGCCGGUCGCAUACCGACCAAUCAUUUGCGUCGCGAAAUGGGCGCCACUGAACGCGAAAUACUAACCGCUCGGCUGAUCGACCGAUCCAUACGACCACUGUUUCCGAAAGGCUAUAACUUUGAGACGCAACUCGUCUGCAAUCUAUUAUCGGUCGACGCUGUCAACGAUCCCGAUGUUUUGGCCAUAAACAGUGCAUCGGCAGCCCUAUCACUAUCGGAUAUACCGUGGAACGGACCGGUAGGUGCCGUACGAGUGGCCCUAACCAGAGACCGAUCGACGGUCAUCACUUGUCCGACUCGUAAAGAGAUGGCCGACGCAUCGCUGAACUGUGUGGUCACCUGUAACUCGGCCGGCAAUGUCCUAAUGUUGGAAGCGUUUGCCAACGAGCCGAUAGUCGAGCCGGACCUACUCAAGACAUUGCAUCGGGCGGUCAAAGAGUGCAAAGUUGUCUGCAAUCAAAUCGAAACACUUCAGCGAUUGGCCGAUAAGCCGAAACGCGAUAUCAGCCAACAUAUCAAUGUGUUUACCGAUGAACUGUUUGCCUCAGCAAAAGUUCUAAUUGAUCAAAAAGUACGUGAAGUAUUUACCGAUUAUAGUCACGACAAGUUUUCCAGAGAUCGGGCACUGGAAUCAAUACUAACCGAAGCUCGCAAACAGCUUAAGGAUCAGUUUGCCGACGCCGCCGAUGAUGAUGGUGUGCUCAACGAUUGUUUACAUCACUGUAUCAAACGUAUCUAUGCCGAAGUGGUGGACGAAACUGGCAAACGUUGCGACGGUAGACUAGCCUACGAAUUGCGACCGAUUAGCUGUUCGGUCGACUUGUUUCGGCCACUGCACGGUUCGGCACUGUUUCAGCGCGGCUUUACUCAAGUCCUUUGUUCGCUAACAUUCGACUCGUUGGACAGCGCCUGGCGUUCCGAUGCAUUUUCGGCACUGACUGGCGGACUGAAAGAGAAAAACUUUAUGCUUCACUACGAGUUUCCCCAAUACGCUACCAAUGCUACCGGUUCGACACAGGUUGGCCGACGGGAAAUUGGUCACGGAUCGCUGGCCGAACGAUCCAUACGGCCGGUUGUACCCAACGACUAUCCGUUUACCAUUCGGCUCAACUGCGAAGUACUUGAAUCCAAUGGUUCGUCGUCGAUGGCCAGCGUAUGCGCCGGCAGUCUGGCACUGAUGGACGCCGGCGUCGACAUUAGUUCGGCUACGGCUGGCGUAGCCAUGGGUUUGAUCAAAAACGGUGACCAGUAUUCAGUGUUGACCGAUAUUAUGGGUUUUGAAGAUUUUUUCGGCGAAAUGGACUUCAAAAUUGCCGGCACUAAGAAAGCAUUCACUGGUCUACAGUUGGACUGUAAGCUCACGGAUGGCCUACCGUUUCCGAUACUUGUCGAAGCCAUACAAAAGGCCGGUAUUGCCAAACACGAGAUACUGAACAUAAUGAACGGUGUUAUACGUGAACCGCGCAUAUCUGUUGAUAAACCUAACCGACCGGUUACGGAAACUGUGGACAUACCGGUACAUAAGCGACCGAAAGUUUUCGGUUACGGCGGUUAUAAUGUCAAAAAAUUGACCGAUGAAUUGGGCAUACGAUUGACACAACACGACGACGAUCUAACUCAAUGGUCUCUAUUUGCACCGAAUCGCCAAUCACUAUACGAAGCCAAAGAUCAGAUCCAGGAACUGAUGGACACAGUCAGCGAACCCGUACUCGAGUUUGGCCAGAUUUAUACGGCCAAAAUUGUCGAACUACGUGAAAACGGUGUAUUAGUACAGCUAUAUCCGACUCAGCAGACCCCGGCACUGCUGCACGUCUCGCAGUUGGACAUCCGUAAAGUAUCGCAUCCGUCGGCACUGGACUUGGAUGUCGGGCAGGAAAUUGAGGUCAAAUAUUUUGGUCGCGACCCGGUAUCGGGUGCUAUGCGAUUGUCACGUAAAGUACUGCAAUCGGCCGAUACGUUCAAACGUAAUCUGAUUCGCGAAAAAGCGGAAUAAAAAUUUUUUUAAUUAAUUAUUUAAUUUAAAU